AUGUCUCGCAUUCUCUUCGUCUACACACUUACUGUUGGCAUAUUCGGAAAUCUUGCACACUGCAAGCCCAAUCCACCUGGUGUCAUUUGCAUAAUUAUUCAGCCAGACCAUGCCGACAAGCAUGCUUUUGGUCUCGACCUCAUCUAUUCCGACGUUGCUCCUUCUCAACUCGCUCAUCAAUUCCACGGCUUUCCCGUCCUCCAAGGCGACGUAACCCACCCUAUCCCAUCAAACCCAACCUCGGGAUACGCCUCACUGUUCGGAUGGAUCCAAUUCGUUAAGCAAGUUUCGAAAGAUGGAGAUGACGGGAAUUGGACAAUGGAUCUCUACCCCUACGCGCAGGAUAUCAACACUCCAUUUGGGUAUUGGGGGGUCAACCCGUCGGUCUUUGAUGCGCCAGCGAUUGCACUAGUUGUGAAUGGGAAGAACGAGGCGGUAGUAUGGACUGCCCAGGCAUUUCUAUGCGUGUUGGACGAUGCGGGAUUCUCCAAGAAUGUGUCGGCGAUUCCAGGAACUGGUCUCACUUGGGGAUUUGAUAUUGAUGUGGACCAUAAAACACUUCAGAAGGGCAGAUUCUCGUCAGGCGGGCUCAAACAGUUUCCGUGGAAUCAGAAUGGCCUGAGGGACUUCCUCUGUUGUGGGAGUCGUUUCCAGAGUGGGCGUUCCAUGAUGUCUUGUGGAAAUGAACUGGCAAUUGGGGACAGCCUUCUCUCUCCAGUUACUACGUCCGGUGUAAAUAGCAAUGCUUAA